UCCGCGGCAAGGCUUCGGGAGCUGGUGGGGCUGAGGUGCGGCGGCAUGUUCCCGGCGGGCGCGGAGAGUCUGCUGCAUCAGGCCAGGGAUAUCCAGGAUGAGGAGCUGCAACGCUUCUGCGCCCGGGUCACUAAGCUGCUGCAGGAGGCCCCGGGGCCAGCCACCACGGAUGCCCUGCAGAGGCUCUUCCUCAUUGUCUCAGCCACCAAGUACCCCCGGAGGCUGGGGACGAUGUGUAUGGACCUACUGCAGACGACCCUCUGUUCACCCACAAGCCCAGAGCAGCUACAGGUCCUCUGUGCCGCCAUCUUGAGAGAGAUGUCACCUCUCGAUGACCUGGCCCUGUCCUGUGAUCACACGCAAAACACCCGGCUGCUCAGUCUAGUGGCCUCUGUGCUCCUGGCCCAGGGAGACAGAAAGGGAGAGAUCAGAUGUGUGAGCCAGUGCAUCUUCCAAAUCCUCGAGAACCGGCUACCUGAGGGGCCCAGUGUCAGGCACCUCCUCCCCGCCCUGUCCACGAUCAUUGGCCUGGCCCCAGGCGCCCUCCUGGAAGAUCAGACCAACCUGCUCAGCAAAAGGCUGGUGGACUGGCUGCGCUACGCCAGCAUCCAGCGAGGCCUUCCAUAUUCAGGGGGCUUCUUCUCCACGCCCAGGACCCGGCAGCCGGGUCCCAUCACUGAGGUGGACGGAGCGGUGGCCUCUGACUUCUUCACCGUGCUCUCCACGGGCCAGCACUUCACAGAGGACCAGUGGCUGAACAUGCAGGCCUUCUCCAUGCUGCGGAAAUGGCUGCUGCACAGCGGCCCGGAGGACCCGGGCAGCCCAGAUGCAGACGACAGGUCGGAGCUGGAGGGCUCCACCCUGUCCGUGCUCUCGGCCGCCUCCACCGCCAGCAGACUGCUGCCCCCUCGGGAGCGCCUGAGGGAGGUGGCCUUCGAAUACUGCCAGCGCCUGUUGGAGCAGAGUAACCGAAGAGCGCUGAGGAAGGGGGAUUCCGACCUACAGAAAGCUUGCCUGGUGGAAGCCGUGCUGGUGCUGGACGUGCUGUGCCGGCAGGACCCCUCCUUCCUUUACCGCACCCUCUCCUGCCUGAAGGCCCUGCACAGGAGGCUGGGGGAAGACCCAGGCACCGAGCGGGCACUGGUGCCCCUUGCCCAGUUCUUCCUGAACCAUGGUGAGGCAACAGCCAUGGAUGCAGAAGCCGUCUACCAGCACCUGCUCAGCAGGCUCCCUUCCGAGCGCUUUCACAACCCGACCCUGGCCUUCGAAGUCACGCACUUCUGCACGCACAACCUGGCCCUGUUUGACCCCAACUUCCUCAGCCUUCUCAGGAUGAGCUUCCCGAGUCUGUUCAAGUUCCUGGCCUGGAACAGCCCUCCCCUCACGGCCGAGUUCGUGGCACUCCUCCCAGCUCUGGUGGAUGCUGGCACCGCCGUGGAGGUGUUGCAUGCACUGCUUGACCUACCCUGCCUCACUGCUGCCCUGGACCUUCAGCUCAGGGCCACGCAGACGCCGUCGGAAAGGCCGCUUUGGGAUGUCUCUCUCAGGGUCCCCAGCUGCCUGGAGGCCUUCCGGGACCCACAGUUCCAAGGACUCUUCCGGCACCUGCUUCGCACCAAGGCCAGCGGCUCCACAGAGAGCCUGACGCCGCUUCACCAGCUUCUGAAGCCCCUGGCCAGCUGUGCCCGGGUAAGCCAGUGUGCAGAGGCAGUGCCCGUGCUGCUUCAGGCCUUCUUCUCAGCAGUGACCCAGUGUGCCGACGGGGCCCUCAUCAACCAGCUGGCGCUGCUGCUCCUGGAGAGAAGUGACUCCCUCUUCCCAGGGCCGCAGUAUGAGGCCCGUGUGCACAGGGUGCUGAGCUCCCAGCUCUUGGUGCUGUGUAAGCUAAAGCCGUCGCUGGUGGUGGAACUGUCUCGAGAGCUUCUGGAGUUCGUGGGCAGCGUGAGCAGCAUCCACAGCCAAGCCAGCAUGUUCACCUGCGUGGUGUGGGCCAUCGGGGAGUACCUGUCGGUGACCUUCGACAGGAGGUGCACGGUGGAGCAGAUCAACAAGUUCUUCGAGGCCCUGGAGGCCCUGCUGUUUGAGGUCACUCAGUCCCGCCCCUCGGCCGCCCUGCCCUGCUGUCCCCCACAGGUGGUCACUGCGCUCAUGACCACGCUGACCAAGCUGGCCUCCCGGAGCCAAGAUCUGAUCCCAAGGGUGUCACUGUUCCUGUCGAAAAUGCGAACCCUGGCCCAGAGCCCAGCCUCCAGCUCAGUGCACAGUGAGGAGGAUGCAGAGUCCAUCCGGACCCGGGCCACAGAGCUGCUGACCCUGCUGAAGAUGCCCAGUGUGGCCCAGUUUGUGUUCACACCCACCGCAGGCGUGUGCCAGCCCCGCUACCACCGAGAUACCAAUAUGGCGCUGCCUCUAGCCCUGUGCACAGUCAGCCGGCUGGUGGAGAAGGACACUGGCCUCUUGCCAGGUUGAAGGGACAGUCACCACCUGAACACUGGCUACGUUUAAGAGCCUGGUGGUGAGCCUGAUUCGGAGCUGAGCUGCAGGCUGGGGAGGCUACCAAGAGUUGGGAGGAAGAUGGGUGUGGCCUCGGGGGGCUCACCACCUCCGUGGAGGAGCCAUCUUGAAGCUUGGGGCAGGCCGCACUCAGCCUUGAGGAGCUGACAGAGCACCUUUUCCUAGGCUGAGCUGAAACGGCCUGUUCUGCCUGCUGCUAUUAUUCAUUUCUAGGGUUGAGAUCCUGAGAACAGUACAGGAAAAAUAAAUUUUAAGAGCUUA